AUGGAAGAGCCUAAAGAACAGAAACGGUGGAGGGAUCCGUUCGCUGGGGAGCCACCUAAUGACCCGACUCGCACUCUACAGGUAAUCGCAGCUGGAUUGCCUCGCACUGGGACAAUUUCCCUCACGCUCGCUCUGUCGUGGGCUCUCCACGGCGAUGUUUGCCAUGGGGGCUCAGCUUGUUUGAGGGGGAAAGAGCAUAUCAUCAAAGGAUGGACAAAAGUCUUGGACCCGGGGAAAGGCGUUUCACAGGAGGAAGUUGACGAUACUUUGAAGGAAUUGCUGGCCGGAUAUGUCGCGACAACCGAUGCUCCAGCGAUAUUCUUUGUUGAGGAACUAGUUCGGUUGUACCCAGACGCGAAGGUCGUUUGUACAGUUCGCGAGCCCAACCGGUGGUGGGAUAGCUAUCAGGAGCUGAUCAACACACUCGACAAUCCAUUGUUUAUUCUCUUACAGCUGGUUCAACCUACGUUGAGGUACUCACUGGCAUGGAAAUUGGCAAUUCUGAAGCGGAGAAGGAAGAUCUAUCCCCCAGAAUUUGAGCCAUUGGGUCCUCAUUUUAUGGAAAUCCACUCCGACUACCUGAAGCGAGUUGUGCCAGAGGAUCGACUAUUUUUCUUCAACAUGAAGGAUGGCUGGGAACCGCUGUGUAAAUUCCUGGACGUCCCAGUGCCCGAGAAGCCAUUUCCUCAAGUACACGAUCGAGCUUCGAUGAAAUCUAGCUGGGCGCCAUACUGGUGGAGGGGUGCUGCAAUAUGGUUGACCAUCUUAGCUGCGGGUUAUGGACUUAGCAAAGCUGUAUCAUAUGCUAGAACGCAUUAA